AUGUUCUUCCAGCUUAUUCUACUAGCAUUGCUCCCUUUCGCUGCCAUGGCCACUCCGAUCUUGGAACGAUCGGAUAAGGGCAAACUCUUGUUCUGCUUCCACAAGGGACAGGACCAGAUGUAUUCGAUCAAUGAUCAUAUGACCAAGAGUGUCUGCAAUACACUCAGCAGCGGUUCAAUGUCAAAGGAUGAUGGUAAUUAUUCGUUUUAUGGAUGCAAAGUUGCAGACUAUGAUGUGACGUGGUUCAAGGAGCGUUGUGAGAGCCACAAUCCGAAGAGUGAGGCGACUGAGUGGAAAGCAGGAUCGGAGCUGGACGUCGUGUGGGAACCCAAGGAGCCGUACGACCUGGGCUGCUUCUCUAGGUGGCUGGAUUACCCUGCCGAUCUGGUUAAAUUAUCUACCCAAUUCGACCGCGAUGCGACAAUGGAUGUGUGCGCUUCAGUAAAGAGUGGAAAGUACCAUGAAGGUAAGACGAAGAAGUCAUGCCGGGUCGCAAAGGAGGAUAUCAGUUGGUUUAAGAAGAAGUGCGAGAUCUACGAUGACGACGACGACGAUUUGUUUAUUGCGGGUACUGCUAUGAAGCCUGUCAUUUAA